AUGCGGGCCCCGCUGCUCGGCCAGGCUGCGGUGUUUGCGGCCCUCUUGGCGCUGAGCACCUGCCUGACAGGAUCUCAUUUGUGCCCUCGAACUUUAGACUGUGCCCGCUUGGGACGACACUUUUGUCAGCCGGGCAGCUCACACUGCGGCCCCUGCUUGCGCCAUCUGGUGGAGAACUCCCAUGGCCGCUGUGUGGUCAAAAGGAGGCACGCUGCUCACUCUGUUCAGUCCAUUAAAGGUAAGAUGAGCACGUACCCAGAGCUGGAUGAGGAGAUUGACUUCCUCUCUGCUGUCAUCACUGAACAGAGAACUGAGUCCAGGCUGCCAGCUCCGCCUUCUCAGGAUGUCUCCAUACCCAAAUCCAAGCAGCUCUUAGAGUCCGGCCCCACCCUCAGAGCGUCCACCACAGAGCAGCCCACCAGCCAGAGUGAGACCUUUACCAGCACGGCGAAGCCCACCAACACCACAAACCAAACCCCCGCUCUGCUCAGAGAUCCCAUCAUCCUCCCAUACCCCUCCAACGACCACGUUUUCAUCAUCAUGAGCAGCGUCUUCAUCGUGGUGGGCUCGCUAGCUUUGAUCGUAGCGGGGGCUUGUUGGGUCAGAUUGCAGAAAGGAGUGCGCCUGACACAGAAGGUGGACUACCCUGUAUAUGGGCUGAUGAGAGCCCAAACCUUUGACAAUAUGCCUGGGGACAAGAGGCUGGCCCACAGUGCCCAGAUGUACCACUACCAGCAUCAGAAGCAGCAGAUGCUCUCUCUGGAGAAACACAGGGACGAGCCAAAAGUUCCUGACUCAGGAGCAUCAACCGACGAGGAGAAUGAGGACGGAGAUUUCACAGUGUAUGAGUGUCCUGGUUUGGCACCGACAGGGGAGAUGGAGGUGAAGAACCCGCUGUUUGAUGACUCCACCCUUUACCUUCAAAGGUUCCACAAGUAA